AUUUCACGCGCCGGAAAUGCUGAUCUCAGACGUGUUUAACGCUGAUGUGUUACAGGAAUUAACACGGAGCGAUUUUGUCUUCAAGUUUUCAAUGCGGCUACAUAAACGUAGCAAAGGUGGGUUCGAGGACAGCGUGUUGUAAAGGACACAGUGGAAACGACCACAAGUAUAUCCCUGAGAGCUAAUGGCGCCCAAAGGCAAAGUUGGUACGAAGGGAAAGAAGCAGAUUUUCGAGGAGAACGAGUCAACCCUCAAGUUCUAUACAAGAGUCAUUCUGGGAGCUAAUGCCAUAUAUGUUGCUGUAAAUCUUUUGAUCUUCUACAAUUCAUCUACUUUUUGGACAUGGCUGUUAUUAGCAUUUGCGCUAGCUGUCUAUAUUGGGAGUUACCGCUCCAUGUCCACGAUGGCCAAACCGGUGUUUGCUGAGGACGGAAGUCUCCUUGACGGAGGAAUAGACUUAAACAUGGAGCAGGGAAUGGCCGAGCACCUGAAGGAUGUCAUCCUGCUCACAGUGUUUGUCCAAGUGCUCAGUUGCAUCUCUUCGUAUUUUUGGUAUCUGUGGUUGCUGGCGCCGGCUCGCGCUGCUCACCUGCUUUGGGUGAACAUUCUGGGCCCCUGGUUUUCUGCAGAGAGCCCGUCCGCACCGGAGGAAGUGAACGAGAAGAAGCAGAGAAGACAAGAUCGGCGACAGAUGAAGAGAUUCUGAUGCUGCACAGCAAACAAAGCAGUAUUUUUUUUAUACACAGGAUCUAUUAUAAUCCUAAAUUAUUACCGAGAAGAAGUUUUCUUGUGACAUUCAACGCAAAUCUGGUCUUGUCAUCAUGUUAUUUCCAUGUUUGUUUGCUUCCUGCAUGCAAUCCAGUUGACUUUGUAAAUGACACCGGCUUUGACCUCAUGUAAAGCUAUUUGGCCUGUUGGCACCUGUACAUUUUUCUGAUGUGCUGCACUUCAACAUCCUCGCCAUACACAUGAAACUGAGUUCAGUCAUAUUAUACUGCAGGGAUGUUUUUGUCUUGAGUUAAUUUCUUUUUAAUUAAAAAAAGUGACAAUA